CAGUCCCUUCCGCGCUUCACAGUGAUAGCCUAGACAGGAACAAGACUCUUAGUGACGUAGGGUCACGUGACACGUGCUGGACAGAACGGGGCUCGAUAUGGUACAGUUGAAAUAGAAGAGCACUUUUGACAAACUUGAAAAUCCUUCUUCGUUUCCUAUUUAAUACAAUUCUGGAAGAUGAAUACAUUAGACUUAUCCAGUAGGGAUCCACUGGAUCUUCCCCUUUCACUACUAGAAGUGGGUAUUGCUGGGAGAUUGGAACUUAUCACAGAUCAUGCCAAAUGCAAUGGAUCUUCCGUUCCUUUAUCUACGAUCCCUAAUGGACUACCACCUUAUGAUGUUGAUUUGUCAUAUGAAGUUAUCCAGAAAUAUCUCGCUGAUCCUGAGUGGCUUUCUAUUCAUCACUUUGACAGGUGCCAGAGGUCCUGGCCACGAGUAAAGAACUUGGACUCCCUUUAUCACAUGGAAAUCACAGCUCCGCACAUGGAACUUAGUGUGGAACGAAAUGCAGCUACGGGGGAAUUACGUGGAAUUAAUGAGACUUCUGUGGAUCACACCAGUCUGUCAGCUCAGAAUUCCCUCUCUCUUCGCCGCCCCCCUGGCCCUCUUUCCCAAUCUGUUAGAGGCAGCAGCUCAAACUUUCCUUUUUGGCCAGGUGGGAUGGAUGAACCAACACUUGAACAGAUUAAACACAUAGGAGAUGAAGAAGAAGUUCUGGACUUUGACAAUGAUUUACUUACUGUUCCUCCUGGAUGGAAACAUGGAAUGAAUUUCAAACAGUCAGAUGUAUUGCGCCCUUCUGGUACACUCACCCUCACUAGCUUGUUAGGGUCAUUGGAGGAUUUCACCUUUGGUGAUUCUAGUGAUGAUGAAGACACUGUGGAGAACCACAGUGGAGCUGGCAAAGAAAAAAGUAAAACAGAAGGACUGCAAAGGAGCAACAGCUUGGAGGAGCUUGGAUUGGAGACCAAGUCUCCUCCUGUCCUUGCACCGUUGUUUCCAGAGGUAGAAGUUCCAAAAGAGCAUUGGGCAGUGCCCCUGGAUAGUAAUUCACCUGUUGCUGAUUUUUAUAAACAGAUCCCUGACCUGGCCUUCAAGCACCCAUUUGAGCUAGAUACGUUCCAGAAAAAGGCUAUCCAAUGUCUGGAGGCUGGCUCCUCUGUAUUUAUUGCAGCUCACACAUCUGCAGGCAAGACUGUGGUGGCUGAGUAUGCUAUAGCAUUGUCACUGAAACAUAUGACAAGGGCUAUUUACACCUCCCCCAUCAAAGCACUGUCUAACCAGAAGUUUCGAGAUUUCAAGAUAACAUUUGGUGACGUUGGAUUAAUUACUGGGGAUGUCCAGCUAUACACCGGAGCUUCCUGCCUAAUUAUGACCACUGAGAUCCUGCGGUCUAUGUUAUACAAUGGUUCAGAUGUAAUUCGGGAUUUAGAGUGGGUUAUCUUUGAUGAGGUCCAUUACAUUAAUGAUGCUGAGAGAGGUGUGGUGUGGGAAGAGGUUCUCAUCAUGUUACCUGACCAUGUCAACAUCAUUCUUCUUAGUGCCACUGUUCCCAAUACAGUGGAGUUUGCUGACUGGAUAGGGAGGAUAAAGAAGAAGAACAUUUAUGUGAUCAGCACAACUCGUCGCCCCGUCCCAUUGGAACAUUAUUUGUAUACUGGAAACAGCCAAAAGACACAGAAUCAGUUCUUCCUGUUGGUGGAUGCCUCUGGAGGAUUCCAAACAAAAGGAUACUAUGCUGCAGUUGAGGCAAAGAAAGAACGAUCCUCUAAGUACUCGCAAACAUUUGGUGCAAAACACCCGCAUGGAGUAGGACCUGGACAUGAUAAGGGAACAUGGUUGUCCUUGGUGCAGUCUCUCAAGAUGCGGGAGGCACUGCCUGUUGUGGUAUUUACGUUCUCACGCACAAGGUGUGAGCAGAACGCUACAGCAUUGAGCACUGUUGACCUGUGCACCACAGCAGAGAAAAGUGAAGUCCAAACUUACUACACAAAAUGUCUUAGCCGCCUACGUGGAGGAGACCGUCAACUGCCACAGAUUUUACACAUGCUUGAUCUGCUAAAGAGAGGAAUUGGAAUUCAUCACAGUGGUAUCCUGCCCAUCUUGAAGGAAGUUGUAGAGAUGCUGUUCAGCAAGGGACUUGUCAAAAUCCUCUUUGCUACAGAGACUUUUGCCAUGGGAGUAAACAUGCCUGCACGCACAGUCGUUUUUGAUUCAAUCAGAAAACAUGAUGGAUCCAACUUCCGAGACCUGACACCAGGGGAGUAUAUACAGAUGGCUGGCCGUGCAGGACGUCGAGGUCUAGAUAACACUGGAAUGGUGAUUAUAUUGUGUAAAGCAGAUGUACCAGAGAUGAGUGACCUGCACAAGAUGAUGCUGGGAAAACCCACACAGCUACAAUCUCAGUUCCGUCUCACUUAUUCCAUGAUUCUGAAUCUUCUUCGUGUUGAAGCUCUCAGGGUUGAGGAUAUGAUGAAGAGGAGUUUUGCCGAGUCCAGGACUCAAAGAGACAGCAAAGCCCACGAGCAACGUAUAAAGCUUCUUACCCAACAGAUGGCAGACAUGGGUGAUAUUGAGUGUUCUGGAGACCUGGCAGAUCUCCGUGACUACUUUGUCACUGUUCAGGAACUCAUUCAUACCCGUGAGAACGUGCAGAAAAGAGUGGUAGAGUCUAUCAAUGGAAUGAAAUGUUUGAGUGUGGGUCGCAUCAUCAUCAUCAGUACUGAGUAUCACCCAUGGGUGCCAGGUGUGAUUCUACAGGUAUCUUCUGAUGCCUCCAAUAGAGUUUAUACCACUCUUGUGCUAUGUGAGAAGAAAAGAGAAAUUGGAGUCACACAUCUCGAGACACGAGAAAAGGAAGGAAAGAAAGCACCUGUUCCUGAAGAUUUGCUGAUGGGCAAAGUGUUCCGACCUGAGGGCCCCUGUGAUUACAAACUUCUUAAGCUCCGCUCAUCAGAUAUAAAUAUUGUAACUGGAAAAACAUUACGGAUCCAUGCAGACAAGAUCCUAGAUGAUAUUACCAGGAGCCAGAUGCCUCGCUACAGAAAUGACCCUCCAGGCCCUGCAGUCUCAAGUGUGACCCAGGAGCUCUCUCGGCUCUCUGAUCUACCUCCAGGCUCCCUAUCCUCGUUAUGUCCAGUCAAUGAUCUUCAACUUAAGGACCUGGAACUAGUGGAGGCAGUAAGCAGAGGAAAAAAGCUAGAAGGGGCAUUACAGAGCUUCACGUGUCCUAACAGUCCCAGAUUCAACACACAGUAUAUUCUCCUGGAGCAGAGAUCACAGGUCCUGAAUGAGUUAGAGCGACUUCGCUUCUUGACAUCUGACCAGUCACUGAGCCUUUUGCCAGAGUACCAGCAAAGAGUCAAUGUCCUUCGCACACUGCAGUAUAUAGAUGAUGGUGGGGCAGUUCAGCUAAAGGGCAGAGUGGCCUGUGAGGUCAGCAGCCAUGAGCUCUUGGUAACUGAGCUGGUCCUGGAUGGUGCACUGUCGCCACUAGCACCUGAAGAAAUUGCAGCUUUGCUUUCAUGUCUGGUUUUCCAGCACAAGACUCAGUGUGAACCCCGUCUUACCGACAUCCUUAAGCAGGGAGUUAAAAAAGUGCGUGAGCUGGCUGAGCGCUUGGCGCUAAUACAACGAGAAUGCGGCCUGCGUGAGUCGGUGGAAGACUUUGUGGCCCAAUAUAAGUUUGGUCUCACGGAGGUUGUCUAUGAAUGGGCACGUGGCAUGCCCUUCUCUGAGAUCAUGACACUAACCGAUAUCCAAGAAGGCUUGAUUGUGCGGUGUGUGCAGCGGCUGGAUGAGGCUUGUCGAGAUGUACGCUCAGCAGCACGCCUUGUAGGAGACGCAACACUCUGUGCAAAAAUGGAUGCCGCAUCUCAGCUUAUUAAGAGAGACAUUGUCUUUGCUGCCAGCUUGUACACUCAGUAGUUUCAGAGAUCCGGUCACAGAAUAUGAAACCAAAUAACGGUGCCUGAUGUGGCCUGUGAAGUUCAAGGUUUAACCUCCAUGAGGUGUGCCUUCAUUAGUGUGAGAUAUACAGAACAUAGAAGCCACUCUUAAUACCUGAAUUCAGCAUUAUAUUCAGUAUCACAUAAAGGCUAUAAUUGAAUUUCUUAACAACGCCAGAAUGAAACCAUGCUGAUAUUUAGGCUGUGUUACUAUGGAUUUCAGUAGUCCAACUCCUAUUAAACCAAAUGUGAGCUCUCA